AUGUUAUUGGCAGUGGAAGGAGGAGGAUUUUUCUCAUCUUCAGCUUCUGGAUACAGUAAGGGCCUAACCCUUCUUUUUUUGGGUCAGAGGAAAGAAGAGAAACCCAUGAGAGUGACGCCGUGGAAUCAGUACCAGUUGGUGGACCAAGGAACGGAUCCUGAUCUCCAGCUGGCUUCCACAAAGAAUGCGGCUGUCUGCGGGUGUGCCUCCUUUGUGUGCUUUGGUCGCACUGCCGCAGGACUUGAGAGCCCGUCCCCUCUGAAAGUGGGCCCUAGCCAACAACAAGAAGUCUUGCCCAAGCCUCUUGUUUUUGAUGAGAGUAAGGGUGAAACCAAUUCAGCUGAUCUUGUUGUUGAUGACGACAAGAAUAGAAAGAUUAGUCUCAAGAGUAGCUUAAAGAAACCAUUAAAUGACAUUCAACCUUCCACUACUUGUGGUGGUGGUGGUGAACAUGAAGAAUCAUUUGAAAAGCAUAAAACAGUUGAUAGUCAAAUGGAAAGGAGGAAAGUGCAGUGGACAGACACAUCUGGAGGGGAACUUUACGAGAUCCAGGAAUUUGAGAUGAGUGAUGAUGAUAGUGAAUUUGACCAUGGGAAUGAAAGGAGUUGUUCAUGCAGGAUAAUGUAG